CAAUCUAAUCCAUACAUGCUCCAUUCGGUUCUCAGUAAUCCUAACCUGGUUUUGUCGCGCAGGAAUUCGGCGGCCGUGGCGGCGAUGGACAUCUACAACGUGGAGGCCGCCGAGAUCCUCGCCCACGAGACCCUCAAUCUCCCCAUCGGCGAGGCCGCCCCCAUCUACGAGAAGCUGCUCGCCACCUUCCCGACAGCGGCUAAGUACUGGAAGCAGUAUGUGGAGUCAUACAUUGUCACGAACGAUGAAGAGACCGCCAAGCAGAUAUUCAGCAGAUGCCUGCUCACCUGCCCUCAUAUUAAUCUCUGGCGUUGUUACAUCAACUUUGUUAAAAAAGUAAACAGCAAAAGGGGCUCUGAGGGUCUGGAAGAGACAAAAAAGGCUUUUGAUUUCAUGCUUAACUAUGUCGGCAAUGAUGUGGCAUCUGGCCCCGUUUGGAUGGAGUACAUUGCAUUCUUGAAGUCAAUGCCGGUUAUGACGCCCCAGGAAGAGUCACACCGCAUGACUACUAUACGUAAAGUAUAUCAGAAGGCAAUUUUAGUUCCAACUAGUCAUGUCGAGCAGCUAUGGAAGGAUUAUGAUAACUUCGAAAAUUCAGUUAGCCGCACCUUGGCAAAAGGCUUGCUAUCUGAGUAUCAACCGAAGUUUAACAGUGCUAAGGCUGUAUAUAGAGAGCGUAAGAAGUAUAUUGAUGAUAUUGAUUGGAGCAUGCUGGCCACCCCCUCUACAGGCUCCUACAAGGCUUUCCAACAACACCUGUCAAUUUCUGAAUCGAGAUCAGUAUUUGAGAAGGAAGAGCAACAGUGUUUGGCAUGGAAAAGACUUCUGACAUUCGAAAAGGGGAAUCCUCAAAGAAUUGAUGUUACAGCUGCUAAUAGGCGUAUUACCUUUACUUAUGAGCAAUGCCUAAUGUAUCUAUACCAUCAUCCUGAUGUAUGGUAUGAUUAUGCUACAUGGCAUGCAAAGAAUGGUUCUACGGAUUCUGCAAUCAAAAUAUUUCAGCGUGCUGUAAAAGCACUCCCUGGUUCUGAAGUACUAAAAUAUGCCUUUGCUGAACUGGAAGAGUCUGUAGGGGCGAUUCAGCCUGCUAAGACAAUAUAUGAGUCUCUUAUAGCUGAAAAUGCAAGCAUGUCAUCACUUGCACACAUUCAGUUUAUUCGGUUUUUAAGGAGAACAGAAGGCAUUGAAGCAGCUCGCAAGUACUUUUUGGAAGUUCGGAAGUUGCCAAGCUGCACUUAUCAUGUCUAUGUUGCAUAUGCUACAAUGUCGUUUUGCCUCGACAAAGAUGCGAAGGUGGCUCAAAAUGUUUUUGAAGUUGGUUUAAAGCGAUUUAUGCAAGAACCAGGAUAUGUCCUCGAAUAUGCAGACUUCCUGUGUCGCUUAAACGACGAUAGAAAUGUACGUGCAUUGUUUGAGCGAGCUCUGAGCUUACUUCCUCCUGAGGAAUCCGUAGAGGUAUGGAAACGAUUUGCUCAAUUUGAGCAGAUUUAUGGGGAUUUGUCAAGCAUGUUAAAGGUGGAACAAAGAAGGAAGGAAGCUUUAUCUAGGACAUCAGAAGAUGUCGUAUCGUCCUUAGAGAACACACUUUAUGACGUUGUUUCUAGAUAUAAUUAUAUGGAUCUCUGGCCAUGCUCAUCAAAAGAAUUGGAUUAUCUGUCAAGACAGGAGUGGCUUGCAAAGAACAUGUCUAAGAAGGCUGACAGGUCAGUUAUGCUAACUAGUGGUGGCGGUUCUACCUUAGAUAAAGGCACUGUUGGAGUUGGUGCCAAUGCAAAGUUAUUGCCGCAGUCUACAAAAGUCGUCCGUCCUGAGACUUCUCGAAUGGUUAUUUAUGAUCCUAGACAGAUGAAAGGACCAGUGAUUUCAGCCACAUCCAGUGGGUACACAAAGGAGGUUGACGAAAUAUUCAAAAUGCUUUCUCCACCACUCAUGUCUUUCAUCACAAAUUUGCCUGCUAUUGAAGGUCCAUCACCAGAUAUAGACAUUGUGCUUAGCGUUCUACUGCAAAGCACACUGCCAACAGGACAUGAUGUUGGCAAACCGUCUGCUCCAGUUCCUGGCCCUGCCACAAGUGAUCUCUCUGGUCCCCGCAACCAAAAUGGAUCAGUUCGUAGACCUCCAAAAAGGAAGGCUGUUGAAAGGCAAGAGGAAGAAGACGCAGCAGCAGCUGCGCAGAGUCGAGCCAUGCCAGAUAUAUUCAGGCUCAGGCAGAUCCAGAGGAGCCGCGGUGGGGGCCCUGCUCAGUCUGGAUCGGCGGCGAUGUCCAGUGGAAGCAUGUUUUCCGGGGAACAAUCAGCCAACAGCUCAAGCUAGUUCACCAAUCUGUAGCUAGUUCUCUGGAUUCACGUAGUUCGCUCGGUAGAUAUGUAGUUUGGCCGCUCAUGGGGAAAGUUAUGCAUGUACAAAUGUAACAGCAGACUGAUAAACCUGUAGCCUGUAGGCAUGGCGAGUGCAUUGCGCGAGAAUAUGAACCGAAAGUCCAAAAAACGACAGGAGAUUGCAGAAUCAGUGUCAUCUGGAUGAGUAAAGGCCAGAUCAUGGAGAAUAGCACGAUGUGACUAAUAUGCAUUUGAAGAAGAAAACAUGUGCAUGUAUUGUGAUUACUGGAAAGCAUGAAUCUGAAUCCUGCGAAACAAUAGUUGUGUCAAUUCA